AACAGUGGUUGAGAUAAGUGCCUUGAAUGCUGCUGAAGAACUUGGAUGAAUGAAUAAAAUGUGAAAAGAGCUUUCAAAACCUGCCUGAUGUCCUUUCUGCUGGCUGGGCUAUGUAUAUUUUUGGGCAAGCUGUCAGCACACAUGGAGUUCUUUGUCUUCUGCAGCCUUUUCCAGUUCCUGAAUUUGCAAUGGAAGAGUCGUGGAUUUCCUCCUGGACCAACCCCAUUUCCCAUCAUUGGAAGCAUAUGGUGGAUAAACUUUAGAGCUGAUCAUGGGAGCCUGAAAAAGCUGGCAGAAACCUAUGGCAACAUCUGCACUCUGUGGAUGGGUCACAGACCUGUGGUGGUGCUCUAUGGGUUCCAAGCUUUGAAGAAUGGUCUUACCAACAACUCAGAGGAUGUUUCGGGGAGACUGCAGACCUUCGUUUUCAACAAAAUGGCAAAUGGAAAGGGUAUCUUGGUCUCAAAUGGUCUCAUCUGGAAACAACAGAGACAUUUUGGAAUUGGAACUCUCCGAAAACUGGGAAUGGGGAAUAAAGGAAUGGAGCGUGGGAUACAAACUGAGGCCCAUUACCUGGUCGAGUUCUUCAGAGACAAAGAGGGAGAAGCUGUUGACCCUUCCUUCCCUAUUGUCCAUGCUGUCUCCAAUGUGAUUUGUGCUGUAGUUUUUGGACAUCGUUUCUCCCUAGAGGAUAAAACUUUCUGCCAGCUGAUUCAAGCCUUCAAUUCUAUAGUGGCUUUUGGGAACAGCCACUAUUAUUAUCUGUGUGAAGUGUUCCCGUGGAUUGCAGAGCACCUCCCAGGACCUGCCCAUAAAGCAAAAUUUUCCCGGGAUUUUGUUCAUUCUUUUGUAAGGCAGGAAAUCAAAAGCCACAGGGAAAAGGGCAGAAUAGAUGAACCAGAAGAUUUCAUUGACUUUUACCUGAUGCAGAUAGAGAAAACUAAAAAUGUCCCCAAUUCUACAUUUGAUGAAGACAACAUGGUGCAGUCUGUUUUUGACCUUUUUCUGGGUGGCUCAGAAACCACAGCCACCACUCUGCGCUGGGCUCUGCUCUUUAUGUUGGUUUAUCCUGACAUCCAAGACAAAGUCCAGCAAGAGCUGGAUGCUGUUGUGAGUCCCUCCCAUCUCAUCUGCUACGAGGACCGGAAGAAGCUGCCGUACACGAAUGCUGUGGUUCAUGAGAUCCUCCGCUUCAGCAGCAUCAUUUUAAUCACACUUCCUAGAGAGGCUGUGAAGGAUACCACUGUUCUGGGGUAUCAUGUGCCAAAGGGCACUCUAAUUAUGGCAAAUAUAGACUCUGCUCUUGUUGACCCUGCCUAUUGGGAGACGCCUCACCAGUUCAAUCCUGGCCAUUUCUUGGACAAGGGUGGAAAUUUUGUGACCCGAGAGGCCUUCUUAGCCUUCUCAGCAGGUCACCGUGUUUGUCUGGGAGAGACGAUGGCCAAGAUGGAGCUUUUCAUCAUUUUUUGCAGCCUGUUGCAGAAAUUCAAGUUCACUGUACCAGAAGGAGUUAAGGAAAUCAACACAGACAUUAUCUUUGGGAGCACCAUGAAACCCCAUCCAUACAAGCUCUGUGCAGUUCUGCGCUAGGUUGCUCAGCAUUAGAGGUUUAAGAGGUACAGACACAGGUUUGGUAGUGUGUUAGGAUUUGUGUAGCUUUAUGGUUCUCAUUUUUAGCUCAAAUUCAGUGCAAUUCUCUCCUUGUGUUAUGUCUUAGAAGCCAGCCCUGAAAAAUAUUCUGGUAUUCCUGUGUCUGGAAAGUGUCUGUACUUUGUUUUUUCUGCUGUG